GGCAGAUGGCUUGGGCAGUAAAGCAUCAAAAGGAGGAUUCACAAAAAACAAGACGCUUGAUUCUAUACUUAAUGUUGAGAUGGUGAAACGGAAAAAGCCUGAAGAAAUAAAACAGAUAUGGAAGCAAUAUUUCUCUGGAGAAGAUACAGUUUAUGCCGUUAUUCCUGGGGAGAUUUUUGAUUUGAUAUGGAAACGAGCUCAGAACUGCCCAUCUUUUCUGUUUGCAUUGCCAAGGAAAGAAGGCUACGAGUUUUUUGUGGGUCAGUGGUCAGAAGCAGAACUUCAUUUCACUUCUCUUAUCAACAUUCAGACCAAAGGUGAAGCUGCAACUAGCCAGCUGAUCCUGUACCAUUUCCCCGAGCUUCAAGAGGACAAGGGGAUUGUACUGAUGACUGCAGAAAUAAAUUCUAAUUUCCUGAACGUGCCAGAGGCUCAGUGCCUAGCCAGCCAGGUGCAGCUCUUUUAUGCAACAGACCGACAGGAGACCUACGGUUUAGUGGAAACAUUUAACCACCAGCCUGAUCAGUUUAAGUACAUGUCUGUAAUCACCGAGCUUGAGCAGAGCAGGCUCGGGCAAGAACUGAGACCCGAGCAGGACCCACCAGCGCCUACUGCUUGAGGAGUGCAGUAGCCUCAAGCAGACGCAAAAGACAUGGACGAGAGAUGGUGUCUUGG